UUUGCCUUUCCCAUUAGGGAUAAAUUGAAAAAAAAAAAUACUAUAGGCUGAUUUGAUCAUGUUGUGAAUUUAUUUCUGUAAAAUAUAAUUUUUUUGAUUAAAAAGUUACAUUUAAUUGCUCUGGUGUAAUUGUUGUAGCUAAUAAAUAACAAACAUGACAUCUCUAAAUAAAGUUUUGUUACAGACACCUGCGACUUUCCUGAUAGCUAGGCGAUUUCGAGGGAAAAUUAACAUACAAAAACCAAAGAAGCCUCACUUCGAAAAACAACUCCUUAUCGACAUUACUCAACCGACUUAUGGUCCACCAAAAAGUACAUUACCUCAGUAUGCCUUUUGUAACAAAGACAAGCCCACUUUUACAAAGAAGGAAAUUGAUAAUCCAUUUGAAAGAAUAUUAGCACGCGAAUGUCUUGAAUGGUUCAAUACAUCAAAAAUGGUAGUCUUCCUACAUUUGAACUCUAUUACUAUGGAAGAUAAAACACCAAUAUUUGCUGCAUUAAAAAAGAAUGAUAUGCAUUUAAGAACAUAUGGAAAGAAAAUAAUGAGCAUGGCUACUACGGGGACCAGAUAUGAAGUUGUUAAUCAAUUAUUUACAUCUCAUCAAAAUGUAAUAUUCGGCCAGCCAAAGAAUGCACAUAAGAUGUUUAAAAUUUUGAAAAAAGCACCGCAAUUAGUUGUAAUGGCUGGCAUAAUUGAAGAUAGGAUGAUGUCCAAAAAUGAACUACUGGAAUUCAGUAAUCUUCCUAACUUGGAAGUGGCUAGAAGUCAGCUGUGCUCAGUCCUACAGAGUGCUGGUUCAUGUUUUGUCAGUCAACUAAAUCAAAAUCAACAAAUUUUAGUCUCACAUCUUGAAAAGCACAUAGAGAUGCAAAGCUCACCAGAAAAGAAUAAGGAAGAUAGUUGAAGUUGUGUAAUUUGUUUGUAGCAUAAUAUAUUAUAGCAUUAUG